AUGGGGGAUAUAUUCGACUCUAGACAUUAUCGAAUUCUAAAAUAUUCCCUACAGUCCAUCGGACAUUGGCCCUUUCAAUCGUCGAAGGAGAAACUCUUCUUCAGAUCAUUAACUCUUUUUAUAAUCAGUACAAUCGUUAUACCAAAGGUACCAUUUUUAUUUCUAUUUUGGUUCGUCACAAAUUUGGAGUCAUGCUACAGUAUUGCUCUUCUAAUUAUCGUUGGUGUUAAUAUGCUGCUGAUAGUAUUCGCAGGAGUAACAGUUGUUAUUAAAAUAUCCAGCCUGGACGAGAUGAUCAGAAUAAUAUUCAUCUCCCUAGCUGCCCUGUCUCAUUUGUUUUGGAUCAGCUGGUUGGGACAUAUUCUCAUUGUUAAAAGUGAAAAGGUUUUUAUAUCCACGUACCAGAGCGAAUGGUACCGAUUGCCCCCUAGAUUACAGUUGAUGAUUAUCCCAAUUAUGAUGAGAAGUCUAAAACCAUGUGAAAUAACAGCUGGAAAAAUCUACGUCAUGUCGAUGCAAAGUUUCGGAACGGCCUUGAAGACAAUGAUGUCUUUCUUUACGGUUCUGAAUUCAAUGCGUUAAUUAUGCGUUCAUCAGGAACUCCGUGGCUAGGAAAUAUUUUCAUCAACCCAGAAUGG